GCGUCGGAAUAAUUAAAAAAAAAAAAAAAACAAAUAAAAAUCAUCCAAUCAGUCCUGCACUGUCUUACCGAAUGUUUUGAUUUGUUGAAUCGUCGUAAGGUAGUGUCACUUGGUCGCGAUUUGCGAGCCACAACCGUCGUCGAUGUCGUCGUGGUGUAAGUGUUGGUGUUAGCUUGCCCGUCGCAGCUAACCGCGUACUCCCCUCGAAGGGGUCAAAUAGUCCCCGUGGAUUAUGAUGUCGUCGUGCCCGGUGAAUCGAGUGGUCGAGAAAUGAUGUCCGCUGCGAACCCUGUUAGAGGUGUCGAUACGCUCCGGAUAUCUGACCACAAACCUCUGAUUACAUAUGCCGGUGAUAAAGAACUGUUUGAGAACCUGAAAGUUGUGCUUAGCCAGUCGCUCAGCCAGGAGUCAAUAGAAUGGAGGCGUCAGUACGGUAGACCCAUGAAAAUGAUCACACUGUCCACAGAAUUUGUGCCAUUCAACAAAGAUGCUGUAGCCGAGCAGAUCAGCAGUAGAAAUCUGGUUAGCCGUCCUAUUAUGCACACAUUUUGGACACAGUGUCUGGACAUGGAAGUGUAUAAAUCACUGUUAAGAGAUGAAAUUGACAAAUGGAUGAAUGAAAUGAACAAACACAAUAUAAUUGAUUGGGUAAUAGUUGUAGUUGAAACAUAUGAUCUGAGAAAACAUAAUAAGUUAUUGCCUCGAACAACUGUCUUUGACAAGAUCAAAAGCGAUUUUGCUGAGAAAAAAGCUGAUCGCUGUCUAUCUGUAAUAAAUCCUCCUAAAUCAGAAGUUAGGUGCGGUAGCAGUGCAUGGCGAGCAUUAAUUACUAAUGUUCGUCUUUUAAUUUUGUCUGCAUUUGAUAGAUUGUUUUUAAAGUAUGAAGAUAAUAUAAGAAAUUAUAGAGAACAAAGAAAUGAUCCUUCUUGGAGUUUUUGCAAAUAUUUCUUAUACCAAGAAGAGUUAGCGUUUGCUCUUGAAAUGCUUGGACUACACGAUGAAGCUUUAAUCCAGUAUGAUGAACUAGAUGCCAUGUUUACUCAAUUUAUAUUGAACUCUCAAGUUGGAAAUGUUCCUCAAUGGUUAACUAAAUUCCAAGGGGCUUUAGAACGUUGGUCUGCUGUAUUAUUUAUGGAAAAUAUAAGUCGAAAACAAAGGGAAGCUAUUAAGAGUAGACAACUAUCGCUUCUUGAAUUCAGAUGUUAUUUGUUUUCACGUCAGGCGUCUUUAUUGAUGGCUGCAUCCAAACCUUGGCAUGUGGCUGAAAGAGCAUUAAUGUUCCUCCAUCAAUCUGUAAGUGAUUUAAAAACAUUAGAAAUUGAAUGUCCUCAAGGUUCAGUUGCAUGCUGGGUUCUACAAUGUUGUGCUCAAAUAUUAGUAAUUUAUAAAUCUGUUAAAAAACCAGAACUUUUAGAAGAAUGUUCUCAUCAUACAGCUCCUCUUCUAUAUUAUUCUUUAAAAAAAUUAUUUGAGUUAGGUGAGCUUUGUGGCCUACUACCAGGUAGUGUUCAAACUACUGAACAGCUUCAUACUGUACAAGUAUUAUGUAGUGGAAUGCAAAGUGGUCACGAUUUGAGUGCAGCUACUGAAUCUGUAGCCACACUUAAGACUACUCUCUCAUCUUCUGAACAUUUUAGUAAACAUUAUUUGGAUUUAGCUGAAUUAGCCAUUAGUACGUAUAAACAUAAUAAAUUAAUGAGAUGUGCACAUAGUUUAGUUGGUUUACAACUAGCUAAAUUCUACACUUUGUCAGGAGACACAACAAAGAGAACUAUGUUUUUAGUUCAAGCCUUAAAAUUAUUCGAACAAGACAACUGGAAAUUAUUAAUAGUACAAACAAAUUUAGAAUUAGUUAAAUGUUUUAAAAAAAUUGGCAAUGUAGAUCAGUUUGUAAAAACUUGUUUACAAUUAGCUUCUUCGUCUGAAUGUAAUAUGCAAGUUAGACAAGAUCAUUUUGAUCAGAUGUUAAGUAUGAUUCAAGAUUCAAAAACGGAAUAUAUAUAUCCAAUAGACAAUGUAAUAGUAUUAGAUCAAAUAGAUGUAAAAAGCAAUAACGAAAAAGAUAAUUAUCCAUCAAUCGUGACAUUGAAGUUUAAUUGCAAUCUCCCUAAAACUAUUAUAUGUCCAAAAAUUGCCAUUUCUGUGGUUGUUGGCUCAGCUAUGAAAAAAAUGAAAAACAAAUUUAACCAUGUGAGAAGUUCAUAUAGCUAUGAUAUAAAGAAAGGCAAUAUUUUGCCUAUGGCUUACAAUCAUAUUUAUCAACAAGAUGGCCACUUUGCCUCUACUGGUAUCACUUGUUUAAAUCAAAAAUCAUACUUGAGACGCCAAGAUAGUCAAAGGAGAAAACCAUUAACGAAUUAUAACAAAAAUAAUUUUCAUGAUAUUAUUUCUGCAAGUAAUGUAGCGGUUGUUCCUGGAAUGAAUAUUAUUGAUCUAACACUAAAUAACUCAAAGAACAUAGAAUCAGGAAUUUAUUUUUUGGAUAAAUUGUCUGUGAAGUUAGAGCCUCGUUUAGAGCUAUUGACUAACAUACCUUUUGGUCUUAUGUUUGCAUUAAAAAAUGUUAACUCAACUGCUCAUCUUGAUAUACAUGAUAAAUGUUUAUUUGCUGGUAUUGAAGAAAUUGCAACAUUAUCUCUUCAGUUUGGAACCAAAUCAAAAAAAAUUGUUGAAAAAAUCAGAUUACAUUCCACUCCAGGGUUGACAUUUUGUUUGGAAGAUGAAACAGAAUAUAGUUCUGAAAUGUAUGUAAAAUCUCCAAUCUCAAUAAACUCUAGUAAUUCACUAACUUUACCAAUUAAAUUAUUCGCUCAGUUACCAUCUUUAAAAGAUCAUCCCAGAACAGCUCAUCAUAAGUUAUGGAUAAAAUGUGAAACGUCAUCAGAUGAUGAAGAUAUAAUUUGUAUUUCUAUAGACUUUAGUCUUCCAUUAACUAUUACUCAUCGGUUACAUACUUGUCGUUAUCGUAAAUUUGUUGGUGUAAACAUUGCUUGCCAUACUGAUUGGUCAUUAGCUUUGUGCAAACCAGAGAUAAUUGGUAUUAGUCAAUUGCCUAUUAAUUCUAUUGUCAAAUUAACUUCGUUGAAUUCAACAUUGGAUUCCAUAACUCACUUAAGAAAUGGUGAAGUUAUUGGAUACUUGUGGGAAAUUGAUUUGUCGUCAACAGAUACAAUAGGAAAUUUAGCCGAAUCAUUAGUAUUUAAUUUUCAUACAAAGUAUUCAUCACCUAAAAAACCAGAAUGUUUUCAUGAUUUAAACUUGGAAUUUACAGUCAAUGAUUAUAAAACUUUAAUGUUAAUUGAUAGUGGAGUUGAAAUGGCUGGUAAAAGUGGAGAAUUCUGUCGUAUGAAUACAGUGUGUUUAUAUACAGCAAAUUUUAAAAGAACUGAACUACCAAAUAGUGCCCCAAAUGAAAUAUCAUUCAAAUACGAAAUUGUUGUAGACAAAACUAUGUGGGCAGUUUGUGGUCGUGGAUCUGAUGUCAUUACAUUUGCUCCAAAUUCAGUGACACAGAGUAUUUCUGUUGAAGUCAUGCCACUGAUGAGUGGAUAUUUACCUAUACCAACAUUAAAUAUUUUUCGUUACUAUCCAUCCAAUUCUCGUCACAAUACUGAAUCUAAAAUGGUACCAUUUUCAUCUGGUCAAGUAUACAAUGCUAGUAAAGGUGUCCAAACACAUGUAUUACCUCGUGUUACAACUGACACUUCCUAAAAAUUAAAUAAUUAUUUUUAUAUUCAUGCAUUUUAUUGCUUAUGUCGGUUAUAUAUAUAUAUAUUUAA